AUGCAUUUACUAAAUGCCCUCUUCAACUUGUUUCUGGAAUCAGGGAAAAGUACACUGGCAUGCUCAGUAAGUAGAGAACUGCACUCCAAGGGAAAGCUGUCAUACAUCCUUGAUGGAGACAACCUUCGGCAUGGUCUGAACAAGGAUCUUGGUUUCAAAGCAGAAGACAGGGCUGAAAAUAUACGCAGAGUUGGGGAGGUAGCAAAACUGUUCUCGGAUGCUGGAUUGAUCUGUAUUGCUAGUCUGAUAUCUCCUUAUAGGAAAGAUCGUGAUGCUUGCCGUGCAAUGUUAUCAGAUGCAAGUUUUAUUGAGGUUUUCAUGAACAUGCCCCUAGAAUUAUGUGAGUCAAGAGAUGCAAAAGGCCUUUACAAGCUUGCACGUGCUGGAAAGAUUAAAGGUUUUACUGGAAUAGAUGAUCCAUAUGAACGACCAUUGAACUGUGAGAUAGAAAUAGAACAGAAAGACGGAGUUUGCCCCAAGCCUGCUGCCUUGGCAAGCCAAGUAGUGUCCUACUUAGAGGAGAAAGGAUUUCUUCAAGUUGAGUGA